AGGAGCACAGUGUCAGAAGGAGUAAACGGGCAUUCACUUUCAUUCUUCUCAAAAUCGAAGCAGUAACGAAAUCUCUGCCACGGGACAGCAACACCGUACAUCACUGCCCAUUGGUUCCUCACCGCGAAGAUCACAGGACCACCGCACCCCUUAACAACCUAAACCAAACGAACCCUAAUUUGUGAUCAUUACCCAAAUCUUUCUUCUCCUCCCAUCACAAAUUCGCCUUCUUGCUCAUAUCCCAUACAAAUUCUCCUUCGACACAGUUCCAAAAUUAUUCCUUCGUUUUUCGCCAUUUUAUUUUAGUUAUUUAAAACUGUGGCUUCGGUUCCACGGCCCCAUGUAUCAAGUUUUGACUUGCUUCUUCUGCUUCAGCUUUGUGUCGCUCUGAGCUGUGAUUUGCAGUUAAAAGCUCCUUCUCGAGAAUCUCAAUUAUUCAAAGUGCUAAAUUGAAUUGUUUAGUGUAAAUUAUUAGAAGAUUCCUAUAUGAAAGCAUGGGUAGUAGUGACAUGGACAAAACCCCAAAAGAGAAGGAGUCUAAGACACCUCCAGCUACGUCACAGGAGCAGUCUUCAACAACUCCCAUGGCAACAAUGAAUCCUGACUGGUCUAACUUUCAGACAUAUUCUCCUAUACCUCCACAUGGGUUCUUGGCAUCAAGUCCCCAAGCCCACCCAUAUAUGUGGGGUGUCCAGCAUAUUAUGCCUCCCUAUGGCACCCCACCACAUCCUUAUGUUGCAAUGUAUCCCCAUGGUGGCAUAUAUGCUCAUCCAUCCAUUCCUCCGGGAUCUUAUCCUUUCAGUCCUUUUGCCAUGGCUUCUCCAAAUGGUGUUGCAGAUGCUACGGGAAAUACCCCAGGCGGCAUUGAAGUUGGUGGUAAACCUCCUGAGGUGAAGGAAAAAUUACCAAUCAAAAGAUCAAAAGGAAGUGCCAGUGCGGGUAGUUUGAAUAUGUGGAUUACAGGGAAAAAUAAUGAACUUGGUAAAACACCAGGAGAAUCUGCUAAUGGGAUUCAUUCCAAAAGUGGUGAGAGUGCAAGUGAAGCUACUAGCGAAGGAACUGAUGAGAAUUCCCAGAAUGACUCUCAAUUGAAAUCCGGAGAGAGGCAGGACUCUUUUGAAGAUGAACCAUCUCAAAAUGGAAGUUCAGUACAUACUCCUCAAAAUGGGGUACAUAAUAGAGCUAAGACAGUUGUUAACCAAACUAUGUCUAUCAUACCUAUAUCUACUGCAACUGCUCCUGGGGCAGUUCCAGGUCCCACAACUAAUUUAAAUAUAGGAAUGGAUUAUUGGGGCACCCCGAAUUCAUCAACCAUUCCUGCACUGCACGGAAAGGUUCCUUCUACUGCUGCAGUUGCUGGAGGGAUGAUUACUACUGGGUCACGAGAUGGUGUUCAGCCACAAGUUUGGCUACAGGACGAAAGAGAGCUCAAAAGACAAAGGCGGAAGCAGUCUAAUAGGGAGUCUGCACGCAGAUCCAGGUUACGCAAACAGGCCGAAUGUGAUGAACUAGCACAGCGUGCUGAAGGUUUGAAAGAUGAAAAUGCCACUCUCCGAUCAGAAGUGAGUCGGAUAAGGAGCGAGUAUGAGCAGCUACUUUCUGAGAAUGCGUCCCUCAAGGAGAGACUUGGGGAGAUACCUGGUGUUGCAACACCUGGGAACGAGGAUCUUAGGUCUGGACAGAAUGAUCAGCAUGUUAGUAAGGACACUCAACAGAGUGGUCAGUCAGAGGCUGUGCAGGGUGUUCAUUAGGGAUCUUGCUUCCUGCUGAAUGUUGCUUUUUAGGAAGAUAACCUAAUCAAGUAGCAACAGCAAGUUCUUGUUUUUGGAUAGCUUUUGGUUCGAAUUGUAUUAAAGGUGAUCAUAUGUAGUAUUAGGAUCUAUUUGUCAUAUGAUCCCUCAUUCCUAAUUUGUCAUGUUUUUGACGGCCAAAAACUUGUAUUGUAGGUAGGGUGUGAAUACUUACUCCGUCAUACUUCCUUUGCUACGUCAAAUGUUAGUGUUAGCAGUAAAGUAUGAUUAGUGAAACUAGUUAUAAUCCACUAUAUUAUAUGGAUUUUCGUGCUUCUGCGCAAAUAAUUAAUCAGGAAGAUAGAUUAAGGAGAUGAAAAGCAAGUUCUCUAUAAUUUACUUUUUCUGCCAUAUGCAUAAGUUAUAGGUUUGACUUUGA